UCACUUGAUUCAAAAUUUACUCAUUCUUAAAAGGGUUCUUUAGAAAAGGAUCAUUUUUUUCAUAGAAGUAAAUAGGUUAUUGAUGUAAAGUUUUUCAUGAUCAGAAAUUAUUAUUGAAAUCAAGUGUAUCUAUUUAUCAUUCAUUUGAGAAAAAAACUGUCCAAUGAUCCAACGCUGCAAAUGCAACAGAAGUCAACAACACAACAAUUAAAACACACCCUGAGAGGGAUAGAUAGAUGGAUUGAGAGAAACCCUUUAACUCUUGCUUUUACUACUGAGCAACAGAAGAUUUCCUCACCUUCAACAGCAAGGGCCAAUUCACCAAACAUAAACAUGAGAAGCGGUUUUGAUGUUGAAAGUCAGUACUUAACGGAGCUGCUGGCAGAACAUCAGAAGCUUGGACCUUUCAUGCAAGUCCUACCCUUAUGUACCAGGCUCUUAAAUCAAGAGAUUUUAAGGGUUUCUGGAAAGAAUGGACUGAUGCAGAACCAAGGGUUCAGUGACUAUGAUAGAGUGCAGUUUGGAAGCCCCAAACCCAACCUUAUGCCUUCUUUAGACAUACAACCAAAUUUUACAGGUUGGAACAGCAUGUCACAUGAAGGUUUAGCUGGAGUUCAGGGACUAAACGUGGAUUGGCAAGCAGCAUCAGGUGUACCAAGCGCUAACAUUGUGAAGAGGAUAUUGCGCCUGGAUAUUGCUAAUGAUAACUAUCCAAAUUUCAAUAUUGUGGGACGGCUUCUUGGUCCUAGGGGCAAUUCACUGAAGCGAGUGGAGGCUACCACAGGUUGCCGAGUAUAUAUCAGAGGGAAAGGUUCAAUAAAAGAACUAGAUAAGGAAGAGUUGCUAAGGGGAAGGCCAGGCUAUGAGCACUUAAAUGAGCCUCUGCACAUUUUGAUUGAGGCUGAAUUACCUGUAAAUAUUGUUGAUAUAAGGCUGAGGCAAGCACAGGAGAUCAUAGAAGAGCUACUUAAACCCAUGGAUGAGUCACAGGACCUGUACAAAAGGCAACAACUGAGAGAACUUGCUAUGCUGAAUUCCAAUUUUAGAGAAGAGAGUCCUCAACUCAGUGGCAGUCCCUCCACAUUCACCUCCAAUGAAAUGAAACGGGCCAAAACAGACCAAUAGUGUGUCUACAUUUCCAAAAUGUGUCAUUUGAUGUCAGCUCCUGCAUGUAAAUUCUGUGAAGCAGCAACCAGAAAACUUCACAAAAAGAUUGAAACAAAACCAGGGUACAUAUUAAGUCACAAUCAAUUGCAUCAAUAGACUUGUAAAACUAGGAAAACUUCAUUAUUAUGUAUUUUGACCGAUUGAUUAGUAUAUGUAUAUCUGCAAUGUCUAUAAACACAACUCUCUUGGGAGUUAUAAACUGAUCAUUAUCAUUACUAUUAUUGUUGGUUCAUGAUUGCAUGGAAAGAAGAGUUGCUACGAGAGUAUGUAUUCUUCUGAGCAUAAUAACAGUGUUUUGUUAA